CUCUCGUGGCGUCGUCACGUGACGCCAGACAGCGAGCCGUUUGCUGUUGUGCUAAAGACACUUGCAGUUGGUUGAACAGAAGCUCGGCUUUUCGGACUCUGUCAUGCUUCCUAUAUUUCUGCUCCUCCUGGCCGUGGGCUCGCUCCCUGGGAAAGGCACAGCGGGGAAAAAACUGGAAUAUGUAACCGUGUUGUUUCGACAUGGUGACAGAUCACCAGUCAAAGCCUAUCCCACUGACCCACACCAAGAGAGCGCCUGGCCUCAAGGCUUUGGACAGCUAUCACAGGAAGGGAUGCGGCAACACUUAGAGCUGGGUCAGUUUCUGAGGAAGCGUUAUGACGGCUUUCUCAAUGAAAGCUAUGUCCGUCAUGAGAUCUCAGUUCGCAGCACAGACUAUGAUCGCACCCUGAUGAGUGCCGAGGCCAACCUUGCAGGUAAUGUCACAUGUUGCUUUCAGGGUUUCCACAGGAGCUUGAAAUGUUUGGACAAUUCUUUGUUGACUUUUCAAAGUUGGAAACGGGUUUGCAUUUUGAACUUGAAAUUGUACCUGAGCUCUCCUGCAGGUCUUUACCCUCCCAAUGGUGAGCAGGUCUUUUCACCAAACAUAAAGUGGCAGCCCAUCCCUGUCCACACAGUUCCACAAAGUGAAGAGAGGCUGCUGGCCUUUCCUCAGAGAGAUUGCCCUCGUUUCGAAGAGCUCAUGAAGGAGACUGAAGAAACGGAAGAAUUCAUUAACAUCACAGCUGCUAACAAGGACAUUAUGGAGUUGGUGCGGAAUAAAACGGGACUGAAGACGACGACUGUGGAUUCAGUCUGGAGUGUGUACGACACACUCUUUUGUGAGUCACACCAUAACAAAUCAGCUCCAGAUUGGGUGACCCCUUCUGUCUGGGCAAAGCUCCGCUUUCUGAAGGACUUUGGAUUUCGGGUUUUAUUUGGGGUCUACAACCAGCAGGAGAAGAGUCGGCUGCAGGGAGGUAUUUUAUUGGGUGAAAUCGUAAAGAAUCUUUCCCGAGCGGCUGUAUCUGAAGAAACGCAGCGUCUGAAAAUGAUGAUGCUUUCUGCGCAUGACACCACUGUGGCAGCUCUGCAGGUCAGCUUGAAUGUCUUCAAUGGCAGACAACCACCGUAUGCGUCCUGUCACAUGAUUGAGCUAAACUCGGAUGAUGGCGGGUCUAUGUCGGUGUCCAUGUUUUACCGGAACGACAGCACAGUUGAGCCGUAUGCCCUUCGGUUGCCAGGUUGCUCCAUCGACUGCCCCCUGGAGGAGUUUGUGAAAAUUACAAAGCUCUCUAUUUCUGAUGACAGAGAGAGAGAGUGUCAGGUGGCUUCAAGUGGGAACAAUAAAGAGGUGAUCAUCACUCUGGCAGUGUCGGGCUGCCUGUUGCUGGUCCUCAUCGUCAUCCUCUUCCUGUCCAUCAUUCGACACAAGGAGCCGUUGGGUAACCAGGGAUAUCGUCGGAUCACCAACCACGGGGUGGCUGAGGAGUCCUGACAGAAGUGCAAGGUCCUCAAUUGCAGAACAAUGAGCUCCCCAACAUGGGACAGCAGCGAUGAUGAUGAUGAUAAACUUUGACCUCUUGUAUGGAGCGUCGUCUGUGGGUGUUUUUUUUUCUUUUUUUUGACUACGAAGUUUGGGGUUGGAGAAACUUACAAAUGUCUCCCAAAGCUGUCACGAUGACAAAUUCUUGGAGCAACCUUGACAGAUGUUUACCUUUUAACAUUUUUGUUUUUUUGCUUGUGCUUUUCUGAUUUGUAUCCAAGUUGAUGGGAUCUAUGGUAUUAUUCUGUUUGGUGCAAUUGUGCGCACGAAAGUCAAGAAUGUGUACCUAGAGAGGUGACAUUUCUUACUUGCAAAUGUUUUCAUUGCUGUUUGAAUUUUGGAAUUUGUUUAGCAUAGGUCAAACAAAGGCCAAAUGACCAUUAUGCCUUAAAUAAUUGCAGUCGUCAUAGUUUUCUGAUGUGGCUUGUUUAUGAACCCUAUGUGUUCACAUAAUUUGAUUUUGAAAAUGUAUCAAAAUUUCUCGUAGCUAGAUUAUGAUAGCUGGAUAAUGUGCUUAGAUAAUUUGGCACAUUUGGCUAAAAUAAAAAUACAUUCGGUGAACUGCUGCACAUGUGCUUGUUUUUAAACUGCGUUAAUCAGUUUUUAUUAAUGUAAUAUGUGGUCUGGUUUUGUGUUGUUGUUGUGUGACCAUGCUUUUUAAUAUUUCCACUAACUCAAAUGGUUUGACUUCAUCAGAGGAGUAGGAUGCUGUGUUUUCUUACAGUUGCUCUAUGUUUUGUGUCGGCAUGUUUUAAACUGCUAGUAAGUUUUGCAACACUGGAAAAUAUUUCAAUGCAAACUUCACUAUGAUUUGUUUACUGCAGUCAGCAGAUUUAAUUGUGAUGUUUUAUUAUAAACGGGAGCACAUAAAAAAAUUGGUCUAGUUCUCAAAUGAGCAUCAGAGGUUGUUACUUGGUCCUUAUUUUAUUGAUUAUCCUCCAACUUCACUGUAUGGACUACAGUGGGUAUGGAAAGUUUACAGACCCCCUUAAAUUUUUCACUGUUGUUAAAAAUAUUUGUUCAUUUUUUUUCAUUAAUGUACACACAGCACCCUAUAUUGACAGAAAAAAAAAUUAUUGUUGAAAUUUAUGCUGAUUCAUUAAAAAAGAAAAACUGAAAUAUCA